CGAGGCAAUAAAAGCCACAGCAGUUAUGAGUUAUAGUAAUGAGUUAGUUAUAGUUGGUUAGUUGGUUAUGAGUUAGUUAAUGAUUUCACUCGUACAGGAAGUGAGAAGGUGAACUGUCCCUUUAAGUUCACUUCCGGUCUUAAAUGAGAGCUGAGCUUCAUUGGUUCAUUUACGUUCAGCUGCAACGCACUCGCAAGCAAAGCAUUCUGGGAGACUGAGCUGCUGUGGCAUUCUGUGCCCUGGCUGCAGCCUGGCAGGCACAAGUCACGUGGUGCCGGAAGUGUCCGUCGGCAGGAAGUGUUGAACGUCACUCAGUCUGUUCCAGCUGCAUCAGAGGAACACCUGAGUGCUGUGAGAUCCCGCGGUACCUGAAUGAAUGAAUGUUUUAAUAUCAGCCCGGUAAUAAACCCGUGAUGUUUAUUGAUCCCGUAAUGUUUCUGUAACUGUACUUUCACCCUGCGCGUGACGUCACAUCUUUCACGUGUUAAAUAUAUUUCACAUGGAAACUUGUCUAAAACUGCUGUUUCACGCGUGACUCUUAAUGUGAAAUACCUGGAGACCACGUGGGCCGACGUCAUGUGACUUAAUGUCUGUUAACGUCAUAAAUUCAUUGAGAAAAAGCUUCAGUCUGUAGGAAACCUGGAGAAGACGGAAGUGGAAUAAAGCAGAUAAAUAAUGAUGUGAUCAAGUCUUCAUUGUGCAUUAUACUGUGUGUGUGUGUACACAGAAUAUUAUUUAUAUUAUUUAUAUUUAAAUAUUAAAGUAAACACAACGUGAGAUUAGAGAUCCGGACAGGAACUAAAUCAGGUUUGGUCUCCGCAGCCUGACAGUCUGAACUCAGGGCUGAGAAACACGUAGCUCUGACGUCAUCAGAGGGAGGUGUGGGGGGGGGGUUCUGGCGUCACGUAGGACUCUGUUUCCCAUGAGCCCCCGCGCGACUGUCUGAGUCUGAGCUGCACGAGCUGUUUACUGAGAACAGCGGACCUGAAGGAGGACAGGCAGGACCGAGAGUGUGUCCUCACCGCGCGGACACACGGACAGACAGAGUGUCAGGAGCUUCCUGUAUCGGGGGUCAGAGGUCAGAGGUCGCAGCUCCAUGUUGUCUGAUAGACGAUGAGACAACAUGACUGUGGACGCAGCGAGCCGGCGUCUCUCCAGCCGUCCUGCAGCGUUCUGCCCGGGUCAGAGGUCACACUGCACCAGCAGGUCCAGGUCCAGGUCCAGGGCGCGUUGGGUUCGUGUGAGGACAGAUCAGCUUGUCGCCAUGGUGAAGAGCUGGAGGAGGGCGGAGCUAAAAACGCAGACCAGAAGAAAGCAGGUGGAGAGAAGAACAGGUGUGUCUGUUGUCUCCUCAGGUUUGAUCAUCCAGUCGACAGCGCAGGCCUUUUCUCCUUCAUGACGUUUCAUUGGAUUACUCCUCUGGCCGUACACGCCCGCAGGAAAGGACAGCUCCUAUUGGAUGACAUCUGGCCCGUGUCACAGCGGGAGGGUUGUCAUGCCAACAGCCUGAGGUUGGCGUCUCUGUGGGAGGACGAGCAGAGGUCAAAGGGCAGCGAUGCGUCUUUGUGUUCAGUGGUUUGGACUUUCUGUCGGACUCGUCUCCUCCUCUCCAUCCUCUGUCUCACCGUCACACAGCUGGCAGGUUUCAGUGGUCCGGCGUUUGUGGUGAAGCGUCUGUUGGAGUACACCCAGCAGGAGGAGUCAGACCUGGGCUACGGGCUGCUGCUGGUGCUGGGUCUCCUGACCACGGAGCUGGUUCGGUCCUGGUCUCUGGCUCUGACCUGGGCCCUGAACUACAGGACAGGAUCCAGACUGAGAGGAGCCGUCCUCAGUCUGGCCUUCCACAAGAUCCUGAAGCUCCGCAGCAUCAAGGACAAGUCCAUGGGACAGCUGGUGAACAUGUGUUCCAGUGACGGUCAGAGGAUGUUUGAGGCAGCAGCAGUGGGCAGUCUGUUAGCAGGAGGCCCCCUGGUGGCCGUGCUCGGUGUCGCCUACAACCUGUUCAUACUGGGACCAACGUCUCUGCUGGGAUCAGCUGUCUUCAUUCUCUUCUACCCCACCAUGAUGUUUAGCUCCAGACUGACGGCGUUCUUCAGGAGGAAGGGCGUGGCCGUCACAGACAGACGAGUGCAGAAGAUGAACGAGAUCCUCACCUACAUCAAGUUCAUCAAGAUGUACGCCUGGGUCAAAGCCUUCGCCCAGGACAUCCACAGGAUCCGUGAUGAGGAGCGGAGGAUCUUGGAGCUGACAGGUUACUUCCAGAGCAUCACUGUGGGCGUGGCUCCCAUAGUUGUAGUCAUUGCCAGCGUGGCAACUUUCUCCGCCCACAUGUUGCUAGGAUACGACCUGACAGCAGCUCAGGCCUUCACUGUGGUGACGGUGUUUAAUGCCAUGACCUUUGCCCUGAAGGUCACUCCGUUCUCUGUCAAGUCUCUGUCUGAGGCUUCAGUGGCCAUGGAGAGAUUCAAGAGUCUCUUCCUGUUGCCGGAGGUCGACAGCGUCCGUGCGUUGCCUGGCGAUCCUCGGGUUGCCGUGGAGAUGUGUGGGGCCAGUCUGGCGUGGGAGGGGGGCGGACAGAGCGCUCAGCCCAGCCCAUGUGUCCGAACAGCCAGCAGACACCGGCACAAGUGCAGAGACAGAGUGGUUCUCCAGGAGGGGGAGGAGGAGGUGACCGGCUCCCUGCUGAGAGGAGGAGGAGAUGUAGCCUCGAGUCCAGAGGAGGAAGACAGGGGAGAGGAGGCCUGUCCUCCCGUCUUGCCUGUCCCCCCUGUCUCCCAGCGACUUCAGAGCACCUUGCACUGCAUCAACCUGAGUGUAGAGCAGGGGAAGCUGGUCGGUGUCUGUGGUAGCGUCGGCAGUGGAAAAACCUCCCUGAUUUCUGCCAUCUUAGGACAGAUGACUUUGCUGGAGGGCAGUGUGGCUGUCAGAGGAAGGCUGGCCUAUGUGGCUCAGCAGGCCUGGAUCCUGAACGCAACGCUGAGAGACAACAUCCUGUUUGGAAAGGAGUACCAGGAGGACAGGUAUCAGUCGGUGCUGAGUGCCUGCUGUCUCAGACCAGACCUCACCUUGCUGCCCAGUGCUGACCUUACAGAGAUCGGCGAGCGUGGUGCUAACCUGAGCGGUGGGCAGCGCCAGCGAAUCAGCUUGGCCCGUGCCCUCUACAGCGACCGGGACGUUUACAUCCUGGACGACCCGCUCAGCGCCCUCGACGCCCACGUGGCCAACCACAUCUUCCACAACGCCAUCAGGAAGCAGCUUCGCCACAAGACCGUCAUCUUCAUCACCCACCAGCUGCAGUACCUGGUGGACUGUGAUGAUGUCAUCCUGAUGAGGGAGGGGAGUAUAGCGGAGCAGGGUAACCAUGACAACCUGAUGAAACUGAAUAGAGACUACGCCGCCAUGUUCAACCACUUCCAGCUGGGAGACACUCCUUACGUAGAGGCUCCCAGCAGGAAGAAUGGUGGUUCUCAGAGGAAACCAGCAGACAUUAAACCGGGAUCAGUGAAGAAGAACGCGCCGGUCAUCAAGGAAAACGGGGAGGAGCAGCAGUCUGGGGGCGUGGCCUGGCCCGUGUUCCGGCUCUACAUGGCGGCGUGUGGUGGCUCCGCCUCCUGCCUGCUGAUCCUGGCUCUGUUCGUUCUCAAUGUGGGGAGCUCCGCCUUCUGCCAGUGGUGGGUCAGCUACUGGAUCAACCAGGGCAGCGGGAACACCACGGUAACCCAGGGCAACAGCUCAGCUGUGAGCGCCAGCAUGAAGGACAAUCCCAUGAUGCAACACUACGCCGCUGUCUACGCCUCCUCCAUGGGAGUCAUGCUGCUCUUUAAGCUCUUCAGAGGCAUCGCCUUCGUCAAGGGAACUCUGCGCGCCUCCUCUAAGCUGCAUGACCAGCUCUUCCACAAGAUCCUCCGCUGCCCCAUGAAGUUCUUCGACACAACGCCCACUGCACGAAUCCUUAACCGCUUCUCCAAGGACAUGGACGAAGUCGACACUCGUCUGCCCUUCCAGACUGAGAUGUUAAUCCAGAACGUGAUCCUGGUCUUCUUCUGCCUGAGCGUCAUCAGCUGUGUUUUCCCAUGGUUCCUGGUAGCGGUGGGUCCCCUGGUGUUGCUGUUCGCAGCUCUCCACAGCGUCUCCAGGGUCUUCAUUCGGGAGCUGAAGCGCCUGGACAACGUGACGAUGUCGCCCUUCUUGUCCCACAUCACCUCCAGCAUCCAGGGCCUGGCUACGCUGCAGGCCUACGGCAGGGGCGACGACUUCCUCGACAGGUACCAGGUUCUGCUGGACCAGAACCAGGCUCCGUUCUACUUGUUCAGCUGUGCGAUGCGCUGGCUGGCGGUGCGUCUGGACGUCAUCAGUGUGGCUCUGAUCAGCAUCACUGCCCUGAUGAUGGUCCUGAUGCACGGGCAGAUCUCUCCCGCCUACGCCGGCCUCGCCAUCUCCUACGCUGUCCAGCUAACAGGGUUGUUCCAGUUCACAGUGCGUUUGGCCUCUGAGACUGAAGCUCGCUUCACCUCCGUCGAGAGAAUCCAUCACUACAUACAGUCCCUGUCCCAGGAGGCCCCGGCCCGGGUCAAAGGUCGCGCCCCUCCGGCUGACUGGCCCCAGCAGGGGGAGCUGGUGCUCAGGGAGGUGGACAUGAGGUACCAGGAGAACCUCCCUCUGGUUCUCAACAGGAUCUCCUGCACUAUCCGGCCCAAAGAGAAGGUCGGCAUUGUCGGCAGGACCGGAUCAGGGAAGUCGUCUCUGGGCGUGGUUUUGUUCAGGCUGGUGGAGCACUGCGGAGGCUCCAUCCUGAUCGACGGCGUCGACAUCAGUGACAUCGGACUGGCCGACCUCCGCAGCAAGCUGUCAAUCAUCCCCCAGGACCCGGUGCUGUUCAGUGGGACAGUCAGGUCCAAUCUGGACCCCUUUAACCAGUACAGCGAGAAGCAGAUCUGGGAUGCUCUGCAGAGAAGUCACAUGAAGGAGUGUGUGUCCCAGCUGCCCCUGAAGUUGGAGUCGGAGGUGGUGGAGAACGGAGAAAACUUCUCAGUGGGAGAGAGACAGCUGCUGUGUGUCGCCAGAGCUCUGCUGAGACAGUGCAAGGUCCUGAUCCUUGACGAGGCGACAGCAGCCAUGGAUGCAGAGACGGAUGCUCUGAUCCAGGAGACCAUCAGGAGUUCGUUCCAGGACUGCACCACCCUGACCAUCGCUCACCGCCUCCACACCGUCCUCGCCUCAGACCGCAUCAUGGUGCUCAACCACGGACAGGUGGCAGAGUUUGAUGAGCCGUCCAAGCUGCUGGCCAAUGAGAACUCUCGGCUGUGCUCCAUGCUCGCCGCCGUGGAAAACAAGAUCUCUGUCCGAGGAUGAGGAGGACGAUGAAGGACAGACUGGAUUACAGGAAGUCUAGUUUCUGAAUAUGUUUAACAAAGAUCUUCAUCAGAGGUUUGACUGUGAUCAUCAGACCUGAUGUGAAGGUCCUGGUCCUGGUCCUGUACUGUACUGUACUGUACUCUAUAUGUUAUAGGUAAACCUUGACACAGAGCUGCUCUGGGCUAUAGAAUAUAAAUCUAUAUACUGUUUAACUAAUAUAUAUUAAAACACACAGAGUCUGUCCAGUCAUCGAUGUGUCGUCAUCAUCAUCAUCAUCAUCAUCAUCACACUGACUUACUGUUGCCUUUUUUGCAACAUGAAGACAUUUUUGUUUAAUGCUGUUUUUUAUCUGAUGUUGUGACCUGAUGUGAACCAGGUCUGUGCGUUUGACCAUGCACAUGUGAUGACCUGCCGCCGUGCGAUUGGACGUUCGCAAAAGUUUGUCACGAGUUUCAUUUAAUAUCAAAUGUUCAGAAGAAGAAACUGGUUAUUCAGUUCCUGCCGUUUGAGAAGUGACUCUGAUCGUUUCAGGCCUUCGGCCUGGCAGCCGCUCAGACGUGAACGCAGCCUCCUAAAGUCUCCUGAUUCAUAAGUUACUGAUCUGCAACAGGAAGUAAAGCAUUUCGUUUUUUAAAUGAGGAACGCUGAAAAAGAAGGAGGAGGAAAUGUUGUUUCUGUUCAGUUUACUCAGAUUAUAACAUUUAAAAAGUCGGCCGGAGACACGACGCGAGUUCGGAGCCGAGAGGCCGACAGGAAGUGCGGAGACAGAGGUCUCAGGUGUUAGACCACGAGACCACCAGGACGCCUGCGUUGACUUUGUAUGUCCAACCGUCUACGCCGACCUCUGACCUCUGCUUUGAUUGUAAAUUCCCUUUUUUAGGUUUCCUUAACUGCUCUUGUUUGUUUUAUUUGUUUGUUUUCUCUUUUUUAUUAUUUUUUGAUUGCGUAAAGCGUGAUAUAAACUCCAGACCACAGAUGUAAAGAUGGCCGACGCGUCUCCUCUUCCUCCCGCUGUAAUAAAUGAAGCCAAAAUAUCCGGAUACGGCAGCCGCCAUCUUGGCUGGUGACGUCAUCUGGAGCCAGAGUCUGCGCAGUAGUGAUCGGGGGUGGAGCCGCGGUAUCGAGGUCCCGCCCACACACCCGGCCGACCCAAUCGUGAGCAGCGCUCAGCUGUCAAUCAUGACGUGAAACACCCCCCCCCCCCUUAUAUCAUAAAAUAACUAAUUAGAACCAAAGUUAUCAGAAAACCGAACACUUGGACAAACGUCAGCGUGGUGAGAACGACCUAAACUGACAUCGGACGUGUCCCGUCCGCUAACGUGGAGGGGGCGGGGCUUAUGACCCGUACUGCAGCCCGCCACCAGGGGGCGGUCCAGAUGUUCUGGCUUCACUGCUGGGGAGCCGACAUGUCGUCCAUCUUUACAAACGGUCUGUGGUGUGACCUCUGACCUCUGCAGGAUGAGGGUAUCACGCCUUCUAACAGACAGAAACUACAUUUCCUCCAAAGCAAACAGCAGAAUAUGAGCGUGUCGUCUGGGAGUCAGCUGAUGUGACACAAACUGGACAACCUGAAAACUGUUUCAGGUUUCAGAGUGAAACUUUAUAUUAAUCUGACGUAAGCUUCUCUCCUCGGAAACAGAAGCACUCUCCUGGUUGCGUGUUUGUGCGCGUGACCAUCAUAUAGCGGUUUCACGAAGCUUCGCUUUAAUACGUCACCUGCGGUGCUCCAACAGUCAGCAGGUGGGUUACUGAUCCAGGUGUGUCACAUAAUAAAUACAACUGAUUACACAAAGUAUAAAUAACAUCCGGUUAAGAUGCAGAAACAGAAAGAAAAGCAAUAAAUUAGACGCUUUGUUUAGCAGAUUCUUUAAUGUUGAUCACGUCUGAGCGAAGCCUCAGGUGUGUCCCGCAGGUGUGUAAAUCUUUCUUCUUCUUCUCUUUUUAAGAUGUGAUAUUUCCUCCCGUCAGUCUGUUAACUGCUGUCUGAAAGUGUUUCUGUUCUUACUGUAUUUUUAUCGUUGCUGCUGUCACGCUGUGAAAACGCGAGGAGCUCAGUGAGUUUUCAUCUUUAAUCUUCACGCGUUGAAAUGAUUUCACACUUUGAAUCUACAGGAAGUUAAAUUCUGUCUGCACUUCCUGUUUGUCCUCAGGACUCGAGGGAGACGGCCUCAUAACUGAUGGACAAAAAGUGAGAGACGUGAACGACGAACUGUCCUUUAAGGAGCCGAACGAGGCUCAACACAGCGAGGAAGCGGAAGCGACAGUCAUGUGAUGCGUCACAUGACUGUCGCCUUGUAGAAAACGUGUCAGUGUGUGUUUGCUGUGUGUUUCUAACAGCCUUAUAGCAUGACUUCAUAACUGCCUUGUGGGGGGGGGUGAAAUAUUGUCAAUAAAGUUAUUUUAAGAUGAAA